UUUGGGUCUCUCAGUAUGUUUCCCGCCGCAGCAGCAGACAGAGUUAGCGCUAGCUCCCGCACAAUGACUUCUCGACCUCGUCCUGUUUCCUCAUCAUCUCCUAUUUUUUUUUCCCUCCAAAACAAACUUGUUUAUUCAAGGCUGAUGGCUCACAGACUUCAGAUUUUUCCAUAAACUGACAUCGGACAUACAGACCACCAACAAAGUCUCUCUGUAAGAUGGAAAACUCAUCUGAAACUGACAUGUUUCGGUCCAAAAUAUCGAAAGAGAAUGACUUGCUCUUGGGAACCGCCUACACCAUCUUUGGUGUGUUGUCUCUGAUGGGAAACACAACUCUGUUGUUUGUAGCCUACCGUAAGAAGUUGACUCUAAAGCCAGCCGAGUUUUUUAUCAUCAACCUCUCCAUCAGUGACCUGGGCAUGACCAUCUUCCUCUUUCCCUUCGCUAUUCCCUCCGCUUUCGCUCACAGGUGGUUGUUCACGGAGGUGAUGUGUAUGUGUUAUGCCUUCUGUGGAGUUUUGUUUGGUAUCUGCAGCCUCAGUAACCUGACCAUAUUGUCUUGUGUGUGCUGGCUCAAAGUCUGCUGCCCCAACUACGGUAACAAAUUGUCCUCGUCCCAUGCGCGUCUGCUGGUGGUUGGGGUGUGGUGUUACGCUGCAGUGUUUGCAGUAGGUCCGCUCUCAGGCUGGGGUCAGUACGGAUCAGAGCCUUACGGCACCGCCUGCUGCAUCGACUGGCACGCGCCCACAUACAACACACCUGCCAUGAUCUACAUCAUCUGCCUCUUCUUCUUCUGUUACAUUGUCCCCUGCACCAUCAUCAUCCUCUCCUAUACGUUCAUCCUGGUGACGGUCCGCGGGGCCCAGCAUGCAGUACAGCAGCAUGUCUCUCCUCAGAACAAAAUCUCCAAUGUGCAGACGCUUCUUGUCAAGCUGUCGGUGGCAGUAUGUAUUGGAUUUCUGAUGGCGUGGAGCCCGUACGCUGUGGUAUCCAUGUGGGCGGCCUUUAAUGAACCAGACUUGGUACCUCCAAUAGCGUUUGCCCUGGCGGCCAUGUUUGCCAAGUCAUCCACUCUCUACAAUCCAAUGGUCUACCUCGUCUUUAAGCCCAGCUUCCGAAAAUCCCUGUGCCGGGAUGCCACGAGAUGCAAGAGAACGCUCUGUCCCUGUAUAUGCCAGACUGACAGCCAACAAAAAAGUACAACAAGCAUUUCAAAACUGAGCACAAAGGAAAAGUGUAACCUGACGUGGGUCUCUAAUGGACUGAAUGAGAGCCACCAGUCAUGCAGACAUUGUCCAGAAGGACAAACAGGGCAUUACCUGGACAUCACACCCCACAGGACAGCACGCAUCCUCAUCGGCUCCACUCACAGCGAGGUGGCAGUCAGCCAACUCUCCAAUGAAAUGAACAGCGACUUCCUUUAGACAAUGAGAAACUGACUAUUGCUAAAACAAAGAAAAGUGGUCAGGAAAUCUUCUUUUCCCUCACUAUGCUAAAAGGGGAAACAAAUAUGCCUUAAAGUCUUGUACCAACUAGAAUUCUGUUUGCAAGAGGAUAUCACACCACUCAACUUGUUAACUAAGCAAAAAAAAAAAAAAAAGACUCAGAAUAUAACUCAGAAUAUCAAGAAACGUUUGAUUUGGUACAUGGUAAACUUGGACUUGAACAUGUCACUCUCAAAUAAUAUUUCAUCCAAAAUAAAAAUUCUGUCAUUAUGUGUUCUUUCUCAUUCCUUCCAAACCUGUAUGCAUAAAACAAGAAUCAAAAACAUUUCAUGAUGUUAUUCUGGUCCAACUAGACAGUUGCCUUGAAAAGAGCCAUAUUAGACUUGAUCUACAGAUCAUCAGUCAAUAAUGAUUUCAGUAGUGACGUUAGUGGCACAAAGUUGUUAUGUGGCUGUGGUAGACUUGGAGUGCACAACUUAGGUGUUGUACUAUAUGUAUAGAGCUGUUUCAUAUUUUAUCAUCGUCUGUUUUUGAGUUUAGAUACAGUAGACAUGGUUGCCAUGAACUAUAAAAAAAGAGCUACAUGGAGAUUCUUCAACAGAAUGCCAUCAAACACAUAAAGGUGCUUCACGAUGCCAUAGAAGAACCUUUUUUUCUAAAUGGUUCCAUAAAGAACCUUUAACAUCUGAAGAACCUUUCUGUUUCACAAAAGGUUUUUUUUUUUUUUGUGGUGAAAGAAGGUUAUUCAGAUUAUAAAAAUAUAAAAAAGAGAUGGUUCUUUAAAGAACUUUUGACUGAAUGGUUCUUUGUGGAACCAAAGUGGUUCUUCUAUGGCAUUGCUGUGAAGAACCUUUUGAAACACCUUUAUUUUUAAGAUUGCAGCAUGCAGGUUUGGAAGGUGAAUGCAAAUAAUGACAGAAUGUUCCUUGUUUAAACUUUAAACUUUCACUGAGGCUUUUUGCAGCCAGUUACUGGUUUAAAAAGCAUGUUUUUUUUUUGUUUGUUUGUUUGUUUGUUUUUUGAGAGUUUAUGCUCUCCUGACUUCAAAUCCUCUUGGCGUACUGAUGAAAACCUCAAAUCCCAUGACUUUUCUUCCGGUGAGACACUGGUUAUCAGUGCAGGUGCUCAACACUGCCUAUGCAUUUAUUUAUGUAUUUAUUUACUUAUUUAACUCAAGCCUCAAAUGCAAGUAAUAUAUUUCGGAUUACAGUGUCAAGUUUAUGAUGGAAUAUGUGGUUUCCACCUGUGAAUGGAGCUGAAAGCACAAUUAUAUUUGGGUGACAGAAUUAAAGCUUAUAUAUUUAGAUGUUUAAGGGCUGAAAUGUUAUGAUGACCAGCAUUUUACCUUUUAUUUAUGGAUAAAAAGAUAUAUACACUGAAAAAAUAUUUUCAUUCAUCCAAUUAAAAACAUUUAGGGUAAUGG